CAGCGAAACUCACACAGAAGAAGUCCAAUGGUUGUUUGGAAACCGCAGUAAACUUAACGUUACUUCCACAGAGGGCAGAAAUACUCCAGUUGUUUUCACAGCAGCUGCAGGAUUUCCAUUGCAAAGACGAGAGUAAAACCAGGAGUCUUUGUAGCAGCAGACCAAUUGUGUUUUCAAUCAUGAACGUGGCUAAGAGUGGAUAUCGCGUUUUCUCUGCCAACUCUACACCCGCGUGCACUGAACUCUCUAAGAAGAUUACAGAGCGUCUCGGAGUGGAGCUGGGGAAGUCUGUGGUUUAUCAGGAGUCAAACAGAGAAACGCGAGUAGAAAUCAAAGAGUCUGUAAGAGGACAGACGAUCUUCAUCAUCCAAACCAUUCCCAGAGAUGUGAACACGGCUAUUAUGGAGCUGCUGAUUAUGGCCUAUGCACUGAAGACCUCCUGUGCCAAGAACAUCAUCGGCGUGAUCCCGUACUUCCCCUACAGUAAACAGUGUAAGAUGAGGAAGAGGGGCUCUAUAGUCUGCAAACUACUUGCGUCCAUGUUAGCAAAAGCAGGCCUGACUCAUAUCAUCACCAUGGAUCUGCACCAGAAAGAGAUCCAGGGCUUCUUCACAUUCCCGGUGGACAACCUGCGGGCUUCUCCAUUCCUGCUGCAGUACAUACAGGAGGAGAUUCCUGAUUACAGAAAUGCUAUCAUUGUAGCCAAAUCACCAUCUGCUGCAAAAAGGGCUCAGUCGUAUGCCGAGCGUCUGCGUCUCGGUCUGGCCGUCAUACACGGGGAAGCGGAGUCCGACAUGGCGGACGGCAGACACUCUCCUCCAUGUGUGCGCAACACCAUCGGGCAUCCCGGCCUGGAGCUACCAUGCAAACAGCAAGCUCCGUUCCCAGGCAUAGAGCUCCCAAUAAUGAUGGCCAAGGAGAAACCCCCCAUCACGGUUGUUGGAGAUGUUGGAGGUCGCAUCGCCAUCAUUGUCGAUGAUAUUAUAGAUGAUGUGGAGGACUAUGUGGCAGCCGCUGAGAUCCUAAAGGAGAGAGGAGCUUAUAAGAUCUACAUCAUGGCCACGCACGGGCUGCUGUCGGCGGAUGCCCCGCGCCUCAUCGAGGAGUCUGCUAUAGAUGAAGUGGUGGUGACCAACACCGUCCCUCACGAGGUGCAGAAACUGCAGUGUCCUAAAAUCAAGACCGUGGAUGUGAGCAUGAUCCUGGCAGAAGCCAUCAGACGCAUUCACAACGGAGAGUCCAUGGCCUACCUGUUCCGCAAUAUCACAGUGGACGACUAAACCACACACAGACGCACACGUUCAAUAGUGAUAAAUUUGAGAUUAGGGAAGAGAUGUGCCAAUGCAGUUCCCCAAACACCACAGUCACCUUCGUUCCUCACAGAAAAUUGACUUCAGCUCUUGCCAAAUCGAUCAAUUUGAAACUAAAUAAAUGAACAGAAACUCAAAACACAGCUCACACACAAAGCCUAUUUUUCUUUCUCCUCUCUUUUUAUUUUUUUGAACAACACACACAGUUAUAUUCAAAUGCAAACAAUUUAAAUUAUGCAAGAGUCGAGUAAAAGUACAUCCCUUUUUUAACACCUGUUCUGCCAUAAAAAUGUUCAGUUCUAAAAUGGCUUCCCUGAAAACGGGAGAUUCCACUACUUCGAUGUAGGGUUGUCAAAAGUAUUGACUUCGGUACCAGUUGGUACCGAAACUUUAAAAACGUUCACUUACCACUAACAUUUAUGUUAUAAAGCAGGAAUACACACAAUUUUGCACACAUUAAUUUGGUAUUAUGCAUGUGAAUUUGGCUACGCAUGUGUACAUUGUUUUUUUGCGUGAGUUACUUUUGAGACUUGUCUCACCCCGUAACAUUUGAGCGUGUUCUUAUACACCGCUGAGUGACCAUUGUGUUCAUGUGCUCAACAGAAAUAACUGUGAUUGGCUGUAAAGCUCAUCGAUUCACCACUCAUUCACCGCUGUUCACCAGUCUUCAUUGCAAACACUGAUACACAGACACUGGAGUGUUUCAAAGCCAUGAUGAUCAGUCGAUCCAUCAGCAAUUUCUCGAAUGUCAGCUAAUAGACAGAUCGACUGAUCGACGUAGCUUUGAAAUGCUCCAGUGUCCUUGUAUAUGCGUUUGCACUCUGUGAACAGCAGGGAAGUGUGGUGAAUCGAUGACCUUUACAGCCAAUCACAGUCAUUCCUGUUAAGCAUGUAAACGCAAUGGCCUAUCAGUGGUGUUCAAGAGACGGCUCAAAUGUUUGCGACAAAUGGACGUUUUUAAAACUUCAGUACUGAUUAGUACCAAACUCGAUACUUUUGACAACACUACUUUGAUUUUUUUAUUACGUCAUAUGAAAUGAUUGAUUUGAAGAAAUAUCCCUUCAUUCAUUCUAUAAUGCAGCAGUUCUCAAUCCUAGUCCUCGUGCCCCACUGCUCUGCUUUUUUUGUCUCUCGUUUUACGCUGAUUUCGAUAACCAGCACAUAAGAAAAGAGCUCCAAGAAAGACCUGUGAUGAGAUUGACAUGUUCCCUACGUAGCGUUCACUGCUCCAUUUACUGCACGAGAAAUCAUCUGAAUUUGGUUUACUUCACUGAUAAAAAUAGAUGUGCAUUUUGCAUAUUACAGUAGUAUGAAGGGCUAUUUAACUGUAAUCAUGUGAUUAGCAUAUACAGUUGUAGUCAAAUGAUUAUCAAAUGAUUUAAAAAAAAUAUAUAUAUUUCCCAAAUAAAGUUCAACAGAGCAAGAAAUUUUUCACAGUAUUUCCUAUAAUUUUUUUUCUUAUUAUUUGUUUUAUUUCGGCUAGAAUAAAAGCAAUUAUAAUUUUUUUAAAAAACAAUAAGGUCAAUUUUUUAAGGUCAAUAUUAUUAGCCCUCUUUACCAAUAGAUAUAUUAUAGUCUACAGAACAAACCCUCGUUAUACAAUGACAAUACAAUUACCCUAACUUGCCUAAUCAACCUAGUUAAGCCUUUAAAUGUCACUAUAAGCUGAAUACUAGUAUCUUGAAAAAAUAUCUAGUCAAAUAUUAGGUGCUUAGUUAUUAGAAAUGAGUUAUUAAAACUAUUAUGAUUAGAAAUGUGUUAAACAGAAAUUGGGGAAAACAUAUACAGAGGGCCUAAUAAUACAGACUUCAACUGUAAGUCAUGUUUCGUGUAGGUUACCUUUUGAAUUGGACUUCGUAGGGCACUUAUGGGUAACUGGAGCAAACCUCAGAAGCGGUGAGAGAAUCACACAACAUAUGUAUAGCGGGGGCCAGCAAGGAGCAGGAUUGAGAAUCGCUGCUUUUAUAUUGACCAGCGUGACCAGAAUGACUUUUUUCUUCUGUGAAACACACAAGGCAAAGAGUCUCUGUUUGCUAAUAUUAGUCAGAAAUAUGAAUUUUAGUCUCAAAUUAAAUCCUUACAAAUUUUUAUUGAGGCCUAUUUCCACCUCAGGAUAGCAACAUUAAAAAUCAAGUGUUAAUACAUUUUUAAAAAGGCAGCACGGUGGUUAGCAUUAUCGCCUCACAGCAAGAAGGUUGCUGGUUCGAGUCCAGGCUAUGUCAGUUGGCAUUUCUGUCUGGAGUUUUCGUCUGGAUGCUCCUGUUUCCCCCACAGUCCAAAGACAUGUGCUAUAGGCGAAUUGGAAAAACUUGUGUAUGAGUGUGUGUGUGUGAAUGUGAGUGUGUGUGGGUGUUUCCCAGUACUGGGUUGCGUCUGGAAGGGCAUCCAUUGCAUAAAACAUAUGCUGGAAUAGUUGAUGGUUCAAUCCGCUGUGGUGACCUCUGAAAUAGAGCCGAAGGAAAAUGAAUAAAUGAACUAAUGCAAUGUUUCUCAACCACGUUCCUGGAGGACCACCAACACUGCAUGUUUUAGAUGUCUCCUUUGUUUCUCACACCCAUUACAGGUCUUUCAGUCUAUUCGAAUGAGCUGAUGAUCUGAAUCAGGUGUGUUUAGUUAAGGAGGCAUGGAAAAUGUGCAGAACCGGUGGUUCUUCAGGAACGUGGUUGAGAAACACUGAACUAAUGGACCACUGUUUUGAAGGUCUGAUUUUCCUCUACAGUUAAACAAAAUCGUUAGCAUUUUAAAUGAGUGGCGCAUGUUAAGGAAACAAAAGUUGAUUAUGAUACAGAAAAUGCUGGUUGAUUUGCGUCAUAAAUGUUUACUUCAAUACAUACAACAACAACAACAAAAGCUGUAAAUGACCCAUGUACUGUGAAUAACUCUCAUAAAUCAUCCUAGAAAACCACAAAACAGAGGGAACAAAACUCGUCUGUGUGUCUGAUCCGUCGCUUUUUCAGUGUUUUAUUUUUAUUUUUUAACAUUCGUGUGUCAUUACUAACAUCCGGUGUAGAAAAUAAGACUUUGAGUUUUACCGUAAAGACUCAUUUUUGCAACACCAGUUCAGUUACACUGCAAAAAAAAGCUUUUCUUACGCGUUUCUAGUCCAAAUAUCUAAACGUUUUUAAAUCCAGAAGCAUUUUCUAGACUAGCAAAAAACAUUGGGUCUUGUUCACUAACCAUGCGUACAUACAAAUAUGCUUACGGACAUUUUCAUAAAUAAAUCAGGAUUCAUCAACUUUUGUACUAAAAUAUAUUUUAAAGGGCACCUAUGGUAAAAAAUCAACUUUUCAAGCUGUUUGGACAGACAUAUGUGCAUGUAUGGUGUAUAGACCGUCAUAUUGGGGUGAUAUAAACACACCCAGUGCUUUUUAUUCAAUUUAACAACAUAAAAAACGGUGGACCAAUUGGAGCUGUUUUCAAAUCGACCGCUACUUGACGUAGGAGAGCGGUCCCCCCGCCCACCGAUAUUGAUUGACAGGCGUGUCAUCAUAUCCUCAGUUUGUUGAUUCACGUCCGCCAUUUUCAGCGUGAGUCGAAGCGAUUUCACUAAAGGAACACGCUAGCUCUAUUUUUAGAUGCAAGGCUCAUUGGGCUCAACACAAGAUCAAUAUUCUCCACAUUAUCGCUCUAAUCGGAAUUAUUGGUUGUAUCUUUAGGUAGGUUUGCAAACAUGUGUACUUCUCAUUGAGUCUACCUUAUACUUCAGUCGUUUGCAUUUCUCGUGAUCCCAGAAGCUCCCUGUGAUCUUAACUAGCAUGCGUUUUAAAAUUCUAAACAUCGGUUUCUAUCAGGGUACACUCAAGUCGACGGCUGGGCACCGCGGGCCGCUGCAGAAACCUAUGUUUAGAAUUCAAAAAUGCAUGGCGCGACGAUUCGGGACACUUCAUGUCUCUGCCGCGCCACAGAGAGUGUCUGGUGUGCCGUGUCGCGGCUUCGAGCGGCGCAUCCGAUGCCUCAGUCAAAGUUAAUUCAGUGUGCGUGGUUAUUAGUUUCUGUGUACAAGCUCGGUACUUGAAACUAGCACACAGUUGGCUGUAAAACUGUACAAAGACACAAAUGAUUUUGUACUCUCUGCUUGGUCUGUGUCCGAGUCGUACGUGUACGACUGAAUGGUGAUCCUCUCUCUCCUUCUCCGUCUGCCUGUCAGACUGUUGCAAACGCAGAGCGGGUGAGCUCAUGGCCCAGCUCCCUUGUUACGUUUUAGGGAAGCCAAAACUAAUUUACCUGUGAAGCAACACACCCCUAAAUCAGCGAGCUGUGGACACGCCCCCAACAUGACACUUUUUAACACAUUAUAAUAAAAAAAUCUGAAUUGUGUUUUGAACCUAAACUGGCACACUCAGAAGAACCAGAAUAUUAAUAUUAAAUCAUAAAAAAGAGGUAAACUAUGGGCCCUUUAAAUGUAUGAAAAACAACUGAUACCACACGUACACAACAAUCAUGUACCCCUGGGGCCUUAUAAACAUGUAUAAAGAACCCUACGUUCAAAGUACAAUCACCUUCUCUAUCCUGAUAUAAAGAUUAUUAUUGUGUCUCUCCUUGUGAUUGGAGGCAUGGCAGCUGUGAGUGUGUCUUUAGAGAGUGGACAGAUGUGUUUUCUGACAGUGAUGAAUGAAUGUUCAGGCCCCGAUCAUACCGAAUGCGUUCUCUUGCGGUGAGAGACGCCUUUUAAAAAUGUUUUUCUAUUGGCAUCUAGUGUUUUGAGAAGCGUUUGUGCCCCACACUCACUUGUACUCGCUUUUUGACGGAGCGCUCUGUGCGCCUGCAGCUGGAUAAAACUCAACGCUGCCCAAAAAAGGCACCUUUUUUUUUAAGGCGUCUUUUUAAAAUCCUUUUUAUUUGCAUCAAGUGUUUCAACACAGGCUCAUUGUGAAAACUAAGCCCUGCAUACGUUUCUGGAGAAUGCAAAUUGUGUAGCCAGAGCUACGCAUGGCUGCAUUUCAUCUUUAAAAAUAAGCUAAGGGGUGGUAUGACUCCGCCGAUGGCUUCGGUUUCUUUUCGCACUGAAGUUACCAACUGACCGCUUAACUCCAUGUGGACGGCUUUUCCGCUGUUACUAGUUUGCCUGGGGGCUCGCUGCAUACGUCAGAGCACUUGAGGUGCAGAGCGCAGUCGACUGUGACUACAGGGUUCAGGUCUGGUGAAAAACAGUUAUGGUAAGCAAGUAAAACAAAAAGUAAAAAAACGAAAUAAACAACUCAACAGCAGGGUGAGAGCAUAGAAAGAUCUGAAAAUGUGGUAAAAAAAUCGGGCGGCUGCGAGGACUUUUCUAUUUUUUUUUUCUGAAUUGCUUUCGAAAGCACUGUUGGUUAGCUUUAGGAAAGGGGAGUGGGCGCUGGUCAAUCAACACUUUUGAAAACACUAUCGGUUGGGUGUAGGGAAGGAGGUGGCUUGGGGUGUUGGUCGGUCCGUCACUUGACAGCGGCCUCUGGUGGAUUUACGUGAGAGCAGCAGGUGCGAAUGGAACUCCUGGGAUGUAUUUCGCGCUCUCCAGAUAUGUAUACCAGGGUACAUAUCCGUAAUGAGCCUGGGUUGAAGUGUUUUGUGCUGUGUUUAUUUGACCCACACAUGUCUUGCAGCUGAAAAGAUACUCAACUGUACAGAAAAAAGCAUCUGAGGAUCAAAACCGUUGAUACAGUGGUUGCCUUGGCUAGCAUCAUAAAACGAGUCUUUUCUAAAGUCAACAAAAAUGUGGUGCGUUUUACCUCGCGUUUUAGAACCGAAAGCAUGUUCCACAUCCAACAUCAACAACUUCACUAACAUUCAGUGCUUUUUCUUUUCUUUCAUUGCCAUAAUUAUCUCUUCUUAAUUCAUAAAUGGACCACUUAUCAUAUUCCCUGGCGUUCCAAAGUCACGUCGAUUAGCAGGUUUGUCUAUAAGCUGACAUUCGAGCGAUCCGCUGAUGAAUCUUUGAAAUGCUCCAGUGUCCCUUUAUCUGCGUUUACACUCGGUAAACAGCCGUGAGUUCGGUGAACUGAUGACCUUCACGACCAAUCACAGUCAUUCCUGCUGAGCACGUGAACACAAUGGCGAAUCAGCGCUGUUUCAGAACGUAUUCAACAGCGCUUCAAUGUUAGCGGGAAAUUUACGUUUUUAUCGGUGGGUACGGAAUUCCAGUAUCGUGACAACCUUAGCAUGUAUUAUCCAAAUUACUAACAAGGAUGCUCCCAGAGAACAAUUCACAUUCACUAACAGAAGAACGAGUUUGAGGACAAACUCAUGAGAAUGUUCAUAUAAUACGAAAACCUACGCAAUUAGUGAACGAGACCUAUUGUCUUGUUUUCGGGAAUAAUGCGUCAAAAUUGAGUUUUUAUUUUAAACAAGAAAAAUAAUCUGCCAGCAGGGAUAAGCAAACUCUGAAAUAAGAUGAUCUUUGCUUACACCAGUUGCGUAUUUGCUUGUUUUAAGGAAAAACUCACUUAAUUUUGACUCAUUAUUUCUGAAAACGAGAAUAUUUUUCGAGAAUAUCUUGUGCUCGUCUAGAAAAUGCUACUUGAUUUUAGCAUUUUAAAAUAUUUGGACUAGAAACAAGACAAAAAGUCUUGCACAAACCUUUUUUUGCAAUGUAUUUACUGCAUAUACUUGUAUAUCAACAAACAAAAUGCAGGAUACUGUGAUCUCAUUCACCAAACAGAAGAUUAUAAGCGCUUAUGUGCAGUAUUUAGAUGUACAUAAGUCGCUGUUCCUCAUCUGUGUGAAACGCCCAGCCUGAUCUCACGAGAAAACGUAAGUAUUUUACGUUUUGUCAGUUUAGUGGCUAAUUCGUAGGAGUUCAUUCGUACGAAAUUGUGCGAUUUUUAAAAAGGAGGCGUGGCACCUAACCCCACCCCUAAACCCAACCGUCAUUGGGGGAUGAGCAAAUCGUACUUAAUCGUACGAAUUAGAUCGUACGAAUUCAUACGAAUUAGCCAGUAAAUCAAAAAGUUACGAAUUGCGGUGAGAUUGUGUUGGAAACGCCACACACUUCGCCCUAUUAUCUUCAUUUUCCACAUCUCUAUGCUCCUCGAUUUAUGUCAGUUUCCCAGUGCCUCACUACGGCAAGCUCCUGUAUUUCUGCUGUAGUGCAAAUAUGCUCAGAAUUUACGGGAGACGUUGUUUUUCUUGGCUAAAAUGUAUCUGCUGUUGCUUUGCGAUCUUAUUUUUGUAAAUAAACACGGGUGAUUUUGCUUCA